AUGAUACAGGUAAUGGGUAUGGAGGUUCAUGCCAAUGAAGGAGGAGUAACACAGACACAUGGUUGUGUAUAUUGGUUAAUCCUACCUGCUGGAUAUAUUGGUUCAUCUUUCUGGGGUAUGCUUCUAAUCUUGGCAUCAACUGGCCUUCUUACUUCAAGAAUCGCAGCCGGAUGUUUAGGAGUUGCUCUUCUUAUUGUCCUCUUUGUUGCCAAAAAUGCAUGUUCAGGUGCUGUUUAUUGUCAGCUAAUGAAUGUCGCUCAUCCUGGAACUGUUCUGAUGCAUAAACUCAAUUUCAAUGUCAAAAUUGAAUACCACAUGAUUCAGAAUUACAAGGUUCUUGGAGAUGUUUUCAACAAACUGAAGAUCACUAAGCACAUCGAGGUAAACAAAGUGGUGAAAGGAAGGCGAAUGGAUAACCUCAAAUUCAUGCAGUGGAUGAAACGAUACUGUGAUUUAGUCAGUGGAGGCGCUAAUCAAAGCCUCACUACCGUAGCCCUCUGUCCAUCUCUUACUCUCUGCGCGUCGCAGCCUCCGGCCUCCGCCCCUGCUGCCGUCGUGCUCCGCCACUCCUCCCUGCUCCACCGCGGCCAGUCCCCUGCCACUGCAACGUGUUAUUCCCUAUCAACCAUGAUUUACACAGCUAUCGAUACAUUCUAUCUAACCGAUGAACUGCUUGAGAACACACCUUCUAGAAAAGAUGGAAUCGAUGAAGCCACUGAAACAACACUUAGAAUAUAUGGAUGUGAUCUUAUCCAAGAAAGUGGCAUUUUACUCAAAGUACCUCAACAAGUAAUGGCCACAGGUCAAGUUCUAUUUCAUCGCUUCUACUGCAAGAAAUCUUUUGUUCGUUUCAAUGUGAAGAGAAUUGCUGCUAGUUGUGUUUGGCUUGCUUCAAAACUUGAGGAAAACCCUAGAAGAGCAAGACAUGUCCUCAAUGUUUUUCAUAGAAUGGAAUGUAGAAGAGAGAAUCUACCUAUAGAACAUUUAGAUGCAUUCUCAAAGAAAUAUACAGAAUUGAAGAUGGAUUUGAUUAGAUCUGAAAGACAUUUAUUAAAAGAAAUGGCUUUCAUUUGUCAUGUGGAACAUCCUCAUAAAUUCAUCUCAAAUUACCUUGCUACCCUUGAAACACCCCCUGAGUUGACACAAGAAGCUUGGAAUCUUGCAAAUGAUAGCUUGAGGACAACUUUAUGUGUUCGAUUCAAGAGUGCAGUGGUGGCAUGUGGUGUUGUAUAUGCUGCUGCUAGAAGAUUUCAUGUCCCUCUUCCUGAAAAUCCUCCAUGGUGGAAAGCUUUUGAUGCUGAUAAAUCAGGUAUAGAUGAAGUUUGUAGAGUUUUAGCUCAUUUAUACACUCUACCAAAAGCACAAUAUAUACCUGUAUGCAAAGAAGGAGGCUCAUUCACAGUGUCUAAUCGCUCAUGGGACUCCCCCUCCCAACCCCUUCCCAAGGAACCACAGAUGAUUGAUGAUGCAAAUGUAAACAAGGUGUCUGUGGUGUCGGUUUCGGUGUCUCCGGCAUGUAUGAUUCCGGAGUCGAAAGCCGGAAUUGGAAAGGUGAAAGAUUCAAUAAAGAGUGAUGAUGUUGAUGAGAAAGUUGAGAAUCAGAGUGGUGUUCCGAUUCCGGUUGAGGGAGAAUCUGUUUCCAAAAGCAAAGAAAGGGAAAGGGAAAGGGAAAGGGAAAGGGAGAGAUAUAAAAGAGGGAGGGAUUCGGAAAGGGAAAGGGAAAGGGAUGAUAGAGAAAAAGUCAAAGAUAGGAGUCAUCGGUCAAAGGAUAGAGGAGGAAAAGAUUCAGGACAUGGUGAAAAACCGAAACAUCAUUCUUCACGAGAUCGGGACUAUCAUGGCUCGACAUAUUCCUCAAGGGAGAAGGAUCGACACAGGCAUCAUUCGUAUGGUUAAUAUUUGCUAAAAAGUUGUCCAUGUUCAUAUCUCUUAUAUCAUGUUUGUGAGGUUUAUUGACAUUUUUACCCUUAAUAGUUUAUUUUAAAACAUCUUUCAUUUUUUUUUGACAUGUAGGGAUGUUGUAAUUUUGCUAUCUCAGAAGUUUCAUUCUAUUUUUAUAAAAGGAC